UUAGUGGUGAAGGUUAGCGGAGGCAGCAGGUGGUGGUGGGAGGUGUGAGGAGCAAGAGGCGAGCAGUGAGACCCUCGCCACACACACGUCCACACGCCAUGGCGCUCCUGGACGCCCUCGCCACGCUCGCCCUCACUGUGCUCCUCACGCCCUUCCUGGUGGUCCUGGUGACGGUGCUGGUGCUGGCCAGCCUCGGCAAGUCGCUGGGGCUGCGCCAGAAAUACGUCCAGUUUCUGCUGAAGGUGUUUGAGGAUGGCAACAGGAUACUUGUAAAAAAGUUUGGUCGGCAACGACUUGCAAAAGAGUAUGGGAGGCACAGUGAAGAGACGGAUGAUGACGAUGACGAUGACCAGGAAUCCACACAAGUGAUAUGCAGAGAUAAGCUUGUCCUGAGGCCUCAGCUAGACAAAGACAGUGAUGAUGGUCUGGCUACACACGAUUUUGAAUUGGGCGACUGCCUUGACUAUAUUCGUACCGGUAUGGAGGCUAUUGUGGACGAUGAGGUUACUAAAAGGUUCUCUGCUGAGGAACUUACGUCGUGGAACUUUUUGACGCGAACAAAUUGCCAAUAUGAAUUCAUCAGUGUUCGUCUAACCAUAUUCUGGGUAGUGGGUUUUAUUCUACGCUAUUUCCUUCUUUUACCACUUCGCAUUCUCAUUCUGGUCAUUGGGGUUGCGCAGAUGGUGUCCAUGACGUAUAUACUUGGGAUAAUUCCUGAUGACGAAAUCAAACGUCGGAUGAGCAGAUGCAUCUUCCUUUCAUCUUUUCGAAUCAUAGCUCGUGGGUUCAGUUGCGUGAUAACCUACCACAACCGCCACAAUAGGCCACAAUCAGAUGGAAUAUGUGUAGCCAAUCAUACUACACCAGUUGAUAUUGUAGUGUUAGCAUGUGACAACUGUUACUCAUAUAUGGUUGUCAUGGUAGCGUGUACGUACUUCGUGGGUUGUCUUCCUGAAAGCAAAAUGAAGAAAAGCCUGAACAGCUGUAUAUCAGUCUUCUGCUUUGACUUUCUCAGUGGGGCACUGUCACUGGUGUGCACUUACCACAACAGAGAGAAUAUCCCUCAGUGUGGUAUCUGUGUUGCCAACCACACCACACCCAUUGAUGUGUUGGUACUGGCGUGUGACAAUACAUAUGAUAUGGUGGGCCAGAGGCAUGGGGGUUUCUUGAGCAUUUUCCAAAGAGCCUUAUCAAGGGCCUCGGCACACAUCUGGUUUGAACGUUCAGAAUCUAAAGACCGCUUUGCAGUAGCAAGACGAUUAAGAGAACAUGUUGAAGAUCCAGAAAAGCUUCCCAUUUUAAUAUUUCCUGAAGGCACGUGCAUCAACAACACGUCUGUCAUGCAGUUCAAGAAAGGAACUUUUGAAGUUGGAGGGGUCAUAUAUCCUGUUGCUAUCAAGUAUGAUCCUAGAUUUGGCGAUGCAUUUUGGAAUUCUUCCAAAGACUCUAUGGUGAGCUAUAUCUAUAUGAUGAUGACCUCAUGGGCCAUUGUGUGUGAUGUUUGGUAUCUACCUCCAAUGACAAGAAAAGAAGGCGAAAGUUCAAUUGACUUUGCUAAUCGUGUUAAAGCUGAAAUUGCUCGACAGGGAGGUCUUGUAGAUCUCGUUUGGGAUGGGGGUUUGAAGCGAUCAGCCCCAAAGAAAGAAUGGAAACAACAGUAUCAGCAAGAAUUUUCAAGGCGCCUUAAAGUUCAAAAUCUAAACUCGGAGAAGAAAGAAGAAAAGACUGAAUGACUAGAGAAUAAAGAGAAAAAGAAAUUUGCACAAUGUGUGGAUGAUGAUAAGAAAGGCAUAUGAACCAGCCAUUAGGUGUACUUAAGCUAAGAGUUGUUAAAGAACAGCCCUGAACAAUGCAACUUAAGUGAAUAGAAGUGGUGAAUGAUGUAGAGUAACACAAAGUAGAGUGCACACACUACUGAAGCCGUUAUCAUUGUCACUAAAGUUUGUUCUCUACUUAAUGUUACUCUACAAUGUGUUUGUGUUGUCAAAUAUACUAUUGAAGCAAAUGUUGGGUUUGUGAGUAUGGCAUACUUAAUGCUCUAAUGUGAGUCAAGUCAUGGAAAUUGACAAUAUAUAAUUUUUUAGAUUUUAUUAAGAGUAAAUUUAAAUGAUUCCUCGUAUGCUGUCAUCCUCGCAACACUGUAAGGUUGUGUCGAGGAAAUAAAUUUUUGUUACGAUUUAAGAGUUUUGGCAGGGAGAGAAGUAGCACAGUAUAUAUGAGAAAUGAACAAUGUAUAAAACCAUAGUGUGAUAAUCAGUUUGUUGAAAACAUGUGUAAUUUAUUGGCUUUAACAUUUUCUAUAAGCAUUUUUAUAAUAUAAAGAUUCUUUACUAAAAUAAGUAUAAAAAAUUAAACCUUUAUAUAUCUGCGUAGGACACUGGGAGUGUUGCAGAAAGAGAGGAGGAAUACUCGACUCUUUGUAACAUAUCAGAUGGUGUAAGUUAUGGUACCAAGUCCCAUGAUGAUUAUCUAGUGUCAUAUUUGGUUACUAUAUGUAUAGUUGCAAGUGUUACUUCUUGUACUAAGUAUUUUGGAGUAUAAUUUGUGAUAAUUAUUACUGGUAGAUGGGGGUCACUAUUUGUAGGAUGUCUUGUUUUGUCAUUUUUGGGAUAUCUUGUGUUGAGCAUUCUGUCCAUUGUGUACACAAGAGUUAAACAAAUUGGUGAAAAUAAUUUUUGUCUUUUUCUCCCCUAUAAAUUUAUCGCCAUCUAUUGAACACCCUACAGUUAUAUAUAAAUUGAAAUUAUUUUAAAGACUGGUGAGCUGGGUUCAGUGUACAUGCAUCAUAGUGCAAGUUGUUUGACUCUCGUGGCCAUGUAUUCAUCAUGUCCAGUGAAUACUUUCAUUUGUGAUGAAAAGUAGGAUCAACAUUUAGCUAAUUUUGUAAUUUAUUUUGAUACAAGUAAGCAUUAGUUACAGCAAGGCACUAAAUAUAUUGAAAGAAUCCUAAUGUAAUAUAAUGUUUACUUUUUUCUUUUUUUUUAGUAAAAUGACUGUGAUAUAUGUAUGGAUUAGCAUUUGCAUAUUUAUAAUACAAUAGUAAAUACAAUAAAAUGAAUUGUAUUUGCAAUAUUACUUAAAGCGUACCCUGAAACGUAGUUUAACAUUUUGUAUUUCUCAGGACUGGAACAAUUUCUCUUGCCUGAUGUCCGAUGUAUUUUUUCCCGUCUCGGAAUUAGUCAAGCCCUUGUAUCUAUAGAUGUGUAGAUCAUGAGACGGAGUAAAGUAACAUCUGGCACUUAAUUUAAAUUUUCCAUUAAAAAAAAAAAAAUGUCUGAAGAUGCAUAACUCUUGGUUUUGGAUGCAAAAAUAAACUAGGCUUAAUUUUGGGUUGACUGUAAAAAAAAAUUAUAUUCUAUAAUUUCAUUUUUCUGAAUGAGAUUAGGUGUAACAAUCAAAUGCAUAAUUUAAAAAUUGCACAAUUUAUUAUAUUCUGAAGUUUGCAAAGUUUUACCCAUGGCUGACAGUAAAACAAAAUGUAUAUUUAACAAACUGGUAAAUAAGAAUAACUUAUCAUUGUAAUGUUCACAAUUAUAGUACAGUAUAAAUAAGACAGUGCUGUUUACCCGAGAGUACCUUCAUACCACCAAAACUGUAAUGCCUUGUGUGAUAAUUUGAAAGUUUACAAUUUAAUAAAUAUUUUCAUGUGUGAAUGUGUAAUUUGUUUAAACAAAAAAAUUCAGGCACAUGCACUUUAUUAAUAUCAAUUUAGUUAUUUUCUUUAUUUAAUACCAAAUGUGGCAAGUGACAUUUUUGUAUUCUGUACAAAAUAUUUUUACUCUAAAUAGUAAGCAAUUGAGGAUGAAUAUAUUGUGAAAUAAAA